AUGAAGCCCGCCCUCCCCGUCCUCCUCCUCGCGGCUAUAGCCACCGCAGCUCCCAUCCCGGAAAACAUUCCCCGCGCAGAGGGCCAGAACCUCCUCGGCCUUCUGGCCAGCAUGGGAGGCGUGCAUAGCCUGCUUAUGGACUCGGUGUCGUUUGGUGGACAUUCCCUGAAGGAAAUGCUUGCACAGGAUAAUGCUAAAGGGGAGGGGAAGGGAAAGGGGAAGGAGGGGGCUGAAGAGGCUCCUGCUGCGGAGGCUCCUCCGGCUGCAGAGGGCCAGAAGAAGAGUCAGGAGGGACAGGGCGCUGAGUCUGGAGAGUCUCAAGGAAAAAAAGCCGAUCAGGCUUGA